AAUUCUUCUCGAAUUCUGAUUCUCCUUACAUCAAUGAUAACUUCGUAGUUGGAGAUUCGUUGUGGAUGAAGAUUAUUGAUUACUCUUUUAUGUUUUGAACAAUGUUGCUAACUUUUCAGAUUCUUAUAAGUAAUCAGUCUUAUGAUGAGAAGUUGGUUCUUGAUUACAAUCUUUAUUUCAUACUACAAUCAACAAGUAAACCGUUUAUGCAAUCUUGUGACGGUUCUUGUGUUCAAAGAGUAGAUACUUGUUCUUCAAGGUGGAGGUUAUUAGAGGUCAAUUGACGGAGUUUUUAAACGUUGUUGUAUCGCCCGAAUAAACGGAAUAAUGGAAAGGUAUAAGAUUUUGGAAGAGCUUGGUGAUGGUACCUGUGGUAGUGUAUAUAAAGCUGUAAACUUGGAAACAUAUGAAGUUGUUGCUGUUAAGAAGAUGAAAAGAAAGUUUUAUUAUUGGGAAGAGUGUGUGAAUCUGCGAGAAGUAAAGGCUCUUCGUAAGCUAAAUCAUCCUCAUAUCAUAAAGUUGAAGGAGAUAGUGAGGGAACAUAAUGAGCUGUUUUUCAUCUUCGAGUGCAUGGAGCACAAUCUGUACCAUAUAAUGAAAGAAAGGGAACGACCUUUUUCUGAAGGAGAAAUAAGGAGUUUUAUGUCGCAGAUGCUGCAAGGGCUCGCACAUAUGCAUAAAAACGGUUAUUUUCAUCGAGACCUGAAACCCGAGAAUUUGCUGGUGACCAACAAUAUCCUGAAAAUUGCUGACUUUGGGCUCGCUAGAGAAGUUGCAUCUAUGCCUCCUUACACUGAAUAUGUGUCCACACGUUGGUAUCGAGCUCCAGAAGUUUUGCUACAGUCUUCAUCAUACACUCCUGCAGUUGACAUGUGGGCAGUGGGGGCGAUAUUAGCUGAGCUUUACGCUUUAUCUCCGUUAUUUCCUGGUGAAAGUGAGAUAGAUCAAUUAUACAAGAUCUGCUGUGUUCUUGGCAAGCCAGACUGGACCACCUUCCCUGAAGCGAAAAGCAUAUCUCGAAUAAUGAGUAUUAGUCACACAGAAUUUCCGCAGACACGAAUUGCUGAUCUACUCCCCAAUGCUGCUCCUGAAGCUAUUGAUUUGAUCAAUCGACUUUGCUCGUGGGAUCCAUUAAAACGACCAACUGCUGAUCAGGCACUAAAUCAUCCGUUUUUCAGUAUGGCUACACAGGCUUCAUAUCCUCUCCAUGACCUUGAGCUGAGGCUUAAUAACAUGGCGGCAAUGCCUAAUCUCGAGCUAAAUCUCUGGGACUUUAAUACUGAACCUGAGGAAUGUUUUCUUGGCUUGACACUGGCUGUAAAACCAAGUGCUCCUAAACUGGAAAUGGUGCGGAAUGUAUCUCAGGACAUGAGCGAGAAUUUUCUCUUUUUCCCCGGGGUAAACAAUGAUCGGGAACCAUCAGUUUUCUGGUCUAUGCUCUCUCCUGAUGAAAAUGGCCUCCACACUCCAGUUGAAUCAUCUCCUUUAUCUCUGUCCUUCAGUCCAAUGCAGCAUCACACAACACUGGGACCUCCGCAGUCGACAGGGUUCACAAUGACAUCAUCAGUGCAACCGAAUAUGUUGGACCGCCCGUGGAUGGCUGUGUCUGCGCCAUUUCAACAAAAACAAAUAAGAAACCUUGUAGCCAUGGGUGGUGAUACUUUCAAAGAUGAUGAAGAAUCUUCAAGAUCAUCAUCAUCUCCUUGUUCUUGUUGUUUCAGUGAUGAUUUAGGGUUUAAGGAUGAUGUUUCUGAAGAUAAUUUCGCAAAUUUCUCUAAUCAUGUUACUGAUUUGAGAAGAAGAGAAAAAACUUACCAAGAGAUUCUUCAAAGUCAUGAUCUUUUGCUAAGAAGCAGCAAACGGAAACUUAGACAAGCCAGAAAUGAAAUCUUGAGAUAUACUCCUGGAUCAUGGUCUGAUGUGAAAUUGAGCGAUUACGAUGUUCCAAAGAUGACAUCGAUCAUGCUAGUUGGUCCGAAAGGGGCCGGAAAGAGUAGCCUUGUUAAUAAGAUUUCAAAAGUGAUCGAAGACGACGAGUUUUUCCCAGCUAGAGCUCAAGAAUCAUUUGGUACGCAGUCUAAAGGAGGAACAUUCUUUGUUCAGGAAUAUAUGAUCCCAAGAGGAGGUUCUGCUUCCUUUUGCCUAUAUGACACGCGUGGCUUAAGCCAUAUCUCAUCAUCUGAUAACACUCGUAUGAUUGAGCAGUGGAUGACAAAAGGCGUGCAUCACGGCGAACCUGUCAUCUGGACAUCUGAUCGCUCGGAUUUAAAGGAUAGACUCAUCCGAGAUGGUGGUACCGGUUAUGAGAGAAGGAAAGUGAAUUCCGUUAUCUUUGUUAUUAAUGCGGUUGAAAUCUUGAAAUCGAUGGAAUGUGAAACAAGCUAUGCUCAUAUGAUAUCCACGGCCUUUAACUGUCCGUUACUAUCAUUUAAAGAUGACAAGCCAGCAGUAGUUAUGACUCAUGGAGAUAUGCUUUCACUAGAGGACCGUGCUCGAGUUCGAGUUUUCCUUGGAGAACUUCUUGGUAUCCCACCUGACAAACAGAUAUUCGACAUUCCAGAAAGCCGGGACACAGCCACAGCGCUAACAGUUGGAGGAGGCCUCACAAAAUGGAUCAUCUUAUUAGACAUAAUAUCAAUUGCUCUGAUUUUAUUCAUGGCAUCAUUGGCUUCAAUCUGGGUUGUUACUCAUAAUCCCGUAAGCGGCCAAAAAUUAGCGCAUGAGGCUGAGGACAAACUGCUUACAUUUCCAAGUCCACGGUUAAACAACCUCACACAUGAGGCCCAGCCGAUACGUCGCAUAGGGCCUCAGCGGGUCAUUGGAGGUCCAAUCCUUGCAUGCGCUCAACAUCCUAAGUCUGAGUCUGUGCCUGAAAGUGAGCAUAGCAUUGAUUUGCAUAUAGCCCAACGCUUAUGGUUCGACGAAGGUAAAGUGACCGAGGUAAGAAUGGUGGAGUUUAUAGCAGUCAGCAUAAUGGAUGUUCUGAAGAAGUGGAGAGUUCCUGAGGAUGAAUACGAGAGAAUGUUGAAGAAGAUGGAUGAGCUCUUUUUCCGUGUCGUCUCAGUUCUGAUCGCCUUCUUGGCUCUGAGAGGACCGGCGAAAGACUCUGCCUCCAAGGAACUUGUCCAAGCCAUGGGCUUCGCUGGUGAAUUCUUCCCAUCUGCUUACUUGGCCGUUGCUCAUAUCAUCUUAACCUUUCUGGGAGCCUUCUUUGGAGCUUACUUCAACGACUUUAGUUCCUCCGGUUCUUGUGGGGUGAAGUAUUGGCAUUCUCGGAAACGUUAUGGAUAUGGAAGGAAAGGAGCAGGCCUAGUAUGGCCAAAACCUUUAUAUCAGCCUAAAACAGCUUCUAAGGUGAUGGAAGAUACCGAAAAGGCUGCCCAACCUCCUAAGGAGCCGGAAUUAGGAGAUGAACAGACUGAUAUGGUAACGGAAGAUGUGCCAGUGAUGCAAGAGAAGAAUCCCGCUGAGGGUUUGUUUUUCUCAGAAAGCACUGACGAUCUUCUAGAGGAUGGAGAAUGUCAUGUUGGUGAGGAUAUUGACACUCAGGUUACGGAUGAAGAAAUGUUGGAGGGAGAGGGAAAGGAGGGCUCUACAGAGGAAACAAAUGUUCCAAAAGGUAUUUCUCAAAUUUCUAAUGAGUUGCCUGUUGAUAAGGUUAGUCGGGGUUUUAAUCGCAUUAGUCUUGAUAGUAAUAAUACUCAGAAAAAUAGAAUAUCAAGUUCACAUGGAAUUAAAGGAGGAAAAGGUAGUAAAAAUUAUGCAAUGAUUGUGGCUUCACCAGGGAAAAGACUAUUGUCUAAGGUAAUGACUCUUAAAUCUACAGGUGAUGCACAAAAACAGAAAGCUGUGGGCAAGAUGAAACCAAAGGAUGGUGCAAAAACGGUUGGUGCAAAUCGGUCGUCGAAGAAAGGGAUGGUGGCGCUCCUGAAACCACCGACUAAUACGUGAAAGACUUAAGCUGGAACUGUUAGGGAAUAGGAGCUGACCUGACAGAGAAUUAUUUAA